AUGAUUGUGAAGAUACUUAAAAAUCUCAAUAAAAAUAUUAUAUUUAUUCAUGUAUGUAUAGGUGAUCUUUAUCCUAAUGAUGACAAAUGUAUUGCAUACAAAUAUGGACCUGACCCUAUUCAAGUUAUUGACUGUCAUCUUCCAAAAGGCCCUUAUGCUCCUAUUGUAGUACUUCUCAUUCAUGGUGGUUUCUGGAACAGUAUAUACAACCGUUCAAUUGAAAACGCCGUAGGCAAUGAUCUUCUUCGGUUUAAGAUUGUUGUCUGUAAUUUGGACUAUCGUUCUAUUGGAAAUGGAGGUGAUUAUCCGAAUACAUUCUAUGAUGUAGCCAAUGGUACUGAUCUUAUUCGAACAAUUGCUAAAGAACAUGGUUUCAACAGUAAUCGAGUAAUUGUUGUCGGUCACUCAGCUGGUGGACAAUUGGGAGGCUACAUAACAGGACGCUUCAGACUCACGCCAGACCAACCUGGAUAUAGCACAAAUCCUCUUCGUCCUAUAGCUUUUGUCAGUCAAGCGGGCGUGAAUAACAUGUGGGAUGGCGCCGAUCAGGCUAAUGAAACAGGUUCUGGUGCAGUAAUCUCGUUUCUUGGUGGACCGUAUCAAACGUAUCCAGAACGAUAUCUGUUAUCAUCAUUGGCGGCUUCGAGCAAUCUUUCAGUCAAGUUUGUAUAA